AUGGAGAAGGUCAAGCUAAAACAAGGAUUGAAAAUUACAAUGAGAAUAUCUGGUGAGGGCAACGCGUAUCUACAAGAAAGUAAAUUCUGGAAGCUUUACAGAGAAGACCUACCUUCAUCUUCCACAGUACUGAAGAAGCUUUCUUUCCUCCACCAAGUUUCCCUCUAUGGUGAGAAAGGAGAUGUAGAGAAGGCCAAAAGACCAUGGGAGAUGAUACCUUCUGGCCACAGAAUCGGGAUCCCUGUGCCAUUAUUAAGAGAACUGAGAGAUGAAGACGUGGAGUUGUUGAGGGAAAGGUUUGCUAAUUCAUGGCCCUGUUUUGUCAUAGGAUAA